AUGAGUGAUGAGCAAGUCAACAGCAAGGAGCCCAUCUUGGAAGAGGGCAAGUUCGAAGAUGCCACUGUUAGUGGAAACACCAUUUAUAUUCGCUGGGAUGUCAAGGGUGGCGGUGAUCGUGAUCACUAUCCCGGUUUUGACACCUGGGAGCCUUUGGAAGGCACUCCAAACAUUCAGGGUCUGACUGUCCGCUCCGCCGUCAACGUCUGGAUCUAUCUUAACAAUGAUAGUACCGACAACAGAUUCUCCGGCCCAACUGAAGGCAAAAAGAAGAUCGACGCUCGACGUACCUCUAAGUACAAGGUUGUGCAACGUUGA